UGCAUACAUUCACAUAAAAAAGCAUUUUAAAAAAAUCAGCUGUUAAUUCAAAAUAAAGGUAACAAGGAUAUUUUCAAAAUCAUGAGCGAUGUCUUAGAUGAAAUUAAGCGGGCCACUUGUAAUGUCAAAAUAGAUUCAAACUGUGAGUUAUAUGGAUCCUUCUUUGAAGAUAUUUUAGCCAAAUCAAAGGCAGAAAAGAGGCCAGAAUUUUCUACUGUUUAUGAAGGCGUGAAUGAAUCAGUUGGAGAUGAGGAUUCAAGCUUAAUUAGCCCGCCUUCGCAAAUGCUCAACGAUAACGAGCUGGAGUCUUGGUUCGUUAUCAUGUCCCAUAGCUAUAAAUCUAAUGGUUUAGCCUUCAUUUUAAGACUUCAACGUUACGCUCUCGCGAUGUCAAGAUUUAGGAUUUACGAUCCAGCCAUGUCAUUUAUAGACUCAUUCGAUGAUGCUGUUAUCAUGGGAGAAAUCAAAAAAUACACCGAAAGAGAGGAUGCUAUAGAUUAUCAAAUGUUCAUGGUUAUCUUACCCAACGAUAUGUUAGCGAUGUAUAGCUCUUUUAAAAACAUUACAUCUACCACUUUGAUACCUUCCCAAGUCGUGCUUGAAUCGACAAUAAAUGCAAAAUUUCCGCUUCAUAGUAUUUUGUUUAAAAUAAUAGACAAAACUCGAAUAGCUACAUAUAAUAAUUGCUUGGCGGAUUUAAGAGAUCUCUACCCGCAAGAUCCCCUGAAUUUCCACGAUGGCGAAAAAAAAUUGGGCGUCAUAAAAACUCCUCAUAUCCUGAAACAUUUUUGUCGGAACGGUACUGGUGAAGUUCUGGGAGUUCUAAAUUUACAAAAUUCGCCUGUCCUUCUAAACUACACAAUAUGUUCUUUCGUCAAUUGGCCAACCUAUUAUGCCGGCGAUAAAAUUGAAUUUUCUAUCAAAUUUAACCGUGCCAAGACCCAUUUCGCUGCAUGCAAUUUCUUUUUUUCCACCGAUAAUUUCAAAAACUCUAUAAGAUAUCAAGGCUUCAUUCACAGUUACGAUAAAUCAAGGCAUGGCGGUGAGUUUCAAGUUGACUCUCCUGGAGAUUAUUACAAAAAGCUCGUGAUAUUUAAAUUGAACGAAUUUGUUUCACCCGUGAAAGAAAAAUAUAUUCAUGUUGAGCCUUCCACUUUAUACGGAUUUGAGAUUGUUUCUAUGCCUCAAGAUUACUUGAGGGCUAUAAGAAUUGGUUAA